AGUCUGAGAUUUGAAGUUUUAAAGUAAAGAAGUCAAAAAUGAAAUUCGUUAUUGCUCUUAUUGCAUUUGCUGCCAUUUCUGCAGUCAAGUCAGAAUCAGCACCUGUACAAAUCAGUGGAAACAAUAUAGGAGAUGUAGUCACAGUUGGAGUUAACCUUAAUGCCGUCGUCAGUAGCAAUGCUGAAGUUAAUAUUCUCACAGCUCUUAUUGAAGCUUUGAAGCAACAAGCUGUUAUUGGAAAUGUUGAUAUCCCAGAAGGUAUCGCACCAAUUGAAAACAAGGAAGAAUUCUCAGUCAUUGAUAAACUUCCAGAAGGACUUCCAGACUUGAAGAAUAUUAACGUUAAGGAAUUAAUUCAAAAGAUUAAGGACUUCAAGAUCACACCUGAACUAAUUGAAAAGCUUAAGGCUUUAAUGAAGAAGGAGUAAAAUUUGGGUCAUUAACUGAAUUUAAAUCAUGUGGUGCUCUUAAAGAAGGAAUUUAAUAAAUUCAAUUUUUAUAGAUUUUUAAAAAAUUAUUUAUCCAUAAAAAAGGAAUUUGUUUCCAUUUUUAUUGUGAAUUUCA